UAAUGCAAUAAAGAUCUUUUGGAUAUAUUAACAUUGACAAUUCUAAUAAUAAUGAGUCUAUAUUGGGUCCAAUAUAAGAAAAUAAUCGAAGCAGCAAGAAAUUGAAGAGAUUAUUGACUGAUGAUUUCUCUCAUUUUUAAAAUGUGAACAUCAGAAAAAUUGAAUAAGCAAAUCCUGAUGAAUUUCGACCUCAAACCUUAAAAGAGAUGGUCAAUUAGGCAAAAAUUAGAUUUAUUGAAACUACUCCGAAUUCUAUAAUAAGGAGAUAAGAAAAAUAAGUAAUAAUUAUUACAAUUCAUUUUAGACUGUACCAUUUUAUAUCAAACAAAGAGAUGAUUAACUCAAAAAAGUUAAGUCAUUUUAAUCCUCAAUUCGACAAUAGAAUAAUAAAUAAGAUGACUCUAAUUAGAAAGUUUGUAUCUACUUAAUAGAGGCCUUUUUUGUUAUUCUGUUAGUCCUAUUUGCUACUGAACUAUUAUUAAGAAAGUAUUUAUAAUGA